AUGCUCGUUCCACCAGAUGCCCAAUUGGGCACCUCCAAACUGCUUUAUCACAUCAACAAAUUCUGCAAUGAUCGAGUCGUGUACAGACGCAACCAAAUUGCGAAAACAAUUCGCGAAAUCACCAAAAUAGUGCAGGACAUCUUAAAGGAGGUUGAAGUGCAAGAGCCUCGUUUCAUCUCCAGUCUAAACGAGUGCAAUGGUCACUUUGAGGGCCUUGAGGUCAUUUCUCCCAAUGAGUUUGAAGUGGUCCUUUACCUCAAUCAGAUGGGCGUCUUCAACUUUGUCGACGACGGUACGCUGCCUGGCUGUGCUGUGCUUAAGCUGUCAGACGGCCGCAAACGCUCGAUGUCACUUUGGGUAGAGUUUAUCACCGCCAGCGGCUACCUCAGUGCGCGAAAAAUUCGCUCUCGCUUCCAGACACUGGUAGCACAAGCGUGUGAUAAGAUAGCGUACCGUGAUAUGGUGAAGAUGAUCCCCGACACGAGCGAAGUGAAGCUGCGCAUUCGAGAGCGGUACAUCGUGCAAAUCACGCCAGCGUUUCGCUGCAGUGGCCUUUGGCCUCGAUCAGCCUCACACUGGCCGCUGGCCACCUGCAGUUGGCCGCCGCCUAAUUUGGUCGCAGAAGUGAAGGCGGAGGGUUUUGAUCUGCUCAGCAAAGAAUGUGUUUCACUUCAGGGAAAACAGAGCUCAAUGGAAGGCGACGCCUGGGUGCUGAGCUUCCUCGAGGCAGAGAACCGCCUGCUGCAGGGCGGCUGUCGGAAGAAGUGUCUCUCGGUGCUGAAGACACUGCGCGACCGUCACCUCGACCUGCCUGGCUCGCCCAUCGGCGAGUACCACAUGAAGACGCUGCUGUUGUACGAGUGUGAGAAGCACCCGAGGGAUGGCGAGUGGGAGGAGGUGGCACUGGGCGACCGAAUCAACGGCAUUCUCCUCCAGCUGAUCAGCUGUCUGCAGUGUCGACGCUGUCCGCACUACUUUCUCCCCAACCUAGACCUCUUCCGUGGGAAAUCGCACAGUGCACUAGAAAAUGCAGCCAAGAUGACCUGGCGACUGACACGGGAGCUGCUAACGAAUCCAAAAAGCCUUGACAAGCUUUAG